GCUGAGAGGAGCAGAAUGGGAAGCGGGGAAUAAAAGCAGAGAGAGGCACUUAGGACCGGUGUUGGGCUGCUGCACACACACACUGACAUCACACUUCUUUCCUCAUACACACUCACGCGGCAAGCUCGCGUGAACCCCGGCUGCCAGGCUGGACGGGACGGCCAGGACACCCACCUUACAAACUCGCACACAUGCUCGCACACCCACGGACACACACACUCUGGAGCGUACUAUGGUUGUCCAGGGAGCGGUGACGCCCGGGAGGACCCGCCGGCUGAUGCUUAAGCUGCCGGUGGGGACCCUCAGGAGGAACAGUGGAGAGCGGAUGACGGAGGGGAGGCGAUGUCAGGUCCAUCUCCUGGACGACAGGAAGCUGGAGCUCCUUGUACAGCCCAAGCUGAUGGCAAAGGACUUGCUGGACCUCGUGGCCUCGCACUUCAACCUCAAGGAGAAGGAGUACUUUGGUAUCGCGUACACAGACGAAACGGGCCAUUUCAGUUGGCUGCAGUUGGACCGCAGGGUAUUAGAACACGAGUUCCCGAAGAAAUCUGGUCCCAUUGUCCUCUACUUCUGUGUCAGGUUCUACAUCGAGAGUAUAUCCUACCUGAAGGAUAAUGCUACCAUUGAGCUGUUUUUUCUUAAUGCCAAGUCCAUCAUCUACAAGGAGCUUAUUGAAGUGGACAGUGAUGUUGUUUUCGAACUGGCUUCCUUUAUCCUACAAGAGGCUAAAGGGGAUUUCACCAGUAUUGAUGCAACCAAGUCUGACCUGAAAAAGCUGCCUGCUCUGCCCACCCAGGCCCUGAAGGAUCACCCCUCUCUGGCCUACUGUGAAGACAGGGUUGUGGAGCAUUACAAAAAGAUCAGUGGGCAGUCCAGAGGGCAAGCUAUUGUGAAUUAUAUGAGCAUUGCAGAGUCUCUGCCCACAUAUGGAGUACAUUACUAUGGUGUAAAGGACAAGCAGGGAAUCCCAUGGUGGUUGGGUCUGAGCUAUAAAGGCAUCUUUCAGUAUGACCACCAGGACAAAGUCAAACCCAGAAAGGUGUUCCAAUGGCGCCAGUUGGAGAAUCUCUACUUCAGAGAGAAGAAGUUUUCAGUGGAAGUUCAUGACCCCAGGAGUAGGGCAUCGGUGACGAGAAGGACGUUUGGUCACAGCGGCAUCGCUGUGCACACGUGGUACGCCUGUCCUGCCCUCAUCAAGUCAAUCUGGGCCAUGGCCAUCAGCCAACACCAGUUCUACCUGGACCGAAAGCAGAGCAAGUCCAAAAUCCAUGCAGCGCGGAGUCUGAAUGAGAUCGCUAUAGACCUCACGGAAACAGGAACUCUGAAGACCUCCAAACUAGCCAACAUGGGAAGCAAGGGCAAAAUUAUAAGUGGCAGCAGCGGCAGUCUGCUCUCGUCAGGCUCUCAGGAAUCAGACAGCUCCCAGACAGCUAAGAAGGACAUGCUGGCAGCACUAAGGGCCAGGCAGGAAGCUCUUGAGGAAACGCUAAAAAAGAGACUAGAGGAACUCAAGAACAUCUGCAUAAGAGAAGCGGAGCUGACAGGAAAGCUUCCCAAGGAAUAUCCUCUGGAUCCGGGAGAGGAGCCGCCCACAGUGAGACGGAAGAUCGGUACCGCUUUCAAACUGGACGAGCAGAAAAUUACUCCGAAGGGAGAGGAAGAGGAGCUGGAGCGUUUGGAGCGGGAGUUUGCCAUUCAGUCCCAGAUUACAGAGGCAGCCAGGCGUCUUGCCAGCGAUCCUCAUGUGAGCAGCAAGAAGCUGAAGAAACAGAGGAAGACUUCUUAUCUGAACGCACUGAAGAAGCUCCAGGAAAUUGAGAACUCUAUCAAUGAGCACCGGGUCCGCUCUGGCAAGAAGCCUACGCAGAGAGCAUCGCUAAUCAUAGAAGAGGCCAACAUUGGUUCUGAAGACAGUUCUUUGUCUGACGCGCUGGUCUUGGAUGAUGAUGAUCCUCAAGUUACAGGUACUCCCACCUUCUCUCCAGUAGCAUCGCCUCAUAAGGGCCUCCCUCCUCGACCUCCCUCUCACAGUCGUCCCCCUCCGCCGCAGUCCCUGGAUGGCCUGCGACAUCUGCACUACUCACGCCCUGACUACGAUAAAUCACCCAUCAAACCCAAGAUGUGGAGUGAAUCGUCACUGGAUGAGCCAUAUGAAAAAGCCAAGAAACGCUCCUCUCAUUCAAGUCACAGGCGUUUCCCAAGCUCUGGCAGUGCAGAAGCGGGGGGCUGUAACUCUCUGCAGAGCAGCCCCAUCAGGAACCUCCCUCACUGGAACUCUCAAUCCAGCAUGCCGUCGACCCCGGACCUGAGGACCAGGAACCCCAACUACGUACAUUCCACCCGGUCAGUGGACAUCAGUCCCACCCGUCUGCACAGCCUCGCUCAGCACUUUAGGAACCGCAGCUCAAGCCUUGAGUCUCAGGGCAAACUGUUGGUGCCCGACUCCGAUGCACACCCGCACACCCUGGGCACACUGGGUAGCCCCGACUUCUUCCUGGUCCCAGGACGCAACUCCAAUGGCUCGGACCCACUGGACGACUGCUUCUGCACCAGCCAAAGCAGCUCGGAGCAUUACUACCCCUCUGGCGGACCCCCAGGCAGCAACCCCAACUACUCCACUCUGGGAGAGGACUCACCCUCCAAAGCCAGGCAAAGGCAGAGGCAAAGGCACAGGUCGGCAGGUCAUCUGGGUUCCUCGAACUCCGGCUCCAUGCCCAACCUGGCAGCUAAGAACGGCACUGGUGGAGGCUCAGGUGGAGGCGGGAUAGGAGGGGGACACCACGGAGUCUACCUCCACAGCCAGAGCCAGCCCUCCUCCCAGUACCGCAUCAAGGAGUACCCGCUUUACGUGGAGGGCAGCCCAAACCCUGUGGUGGUUCGCAGCCUGGAGAACGAUCAGGAGGGCCACUACAGCGUCAAGGCCCAGUUCAAAACCUCCAGCUCCUACACGGCAGGGGGACUGUACAAAGAGGCCUGGGGGGGAGAGGAGGGAGGAGAGGGGAGCGGCCGACUCACGCCGUCGCGCUCUCAGAUCGUACGGACUCCGUCAUUGGGGCGAGAGGGUGGUGGCAGUGGAGGAGGGGGGAGGGCAGCGGUGUCUGAUGAGCUGCGGUGCUGGUACCAGAGGUCCUCAGGGAGCCUAAAGGACAGGAGUCACUCACAUUCGGGGUCUACGUCCUCCGAGACAGGGUCGCAGCAAGGCACUCUGGGACACGGUCGGGGGAGUCGAGUAGGGACUCUCGCCAAGGGCUCACCAGCUGCAUCCCCGCACAGCCAGAGGAGUAUGACGCCCACCAGCGAACACGCAGCCACACCCACACCCCCCUGUAGCCCACAGCACAUCCUCAACUGGCAGAGCGGGUCUUUCAGUGACAGCUGUUUUCUCAGCAGCCCUCUGUGCUCGGAGCUGGCAGAUGUGCAGUGGUACGGACACGAUAAGGCCAAACCUGGAACCCUGGUCUGAGACCUUCCUAAAGGGCCCAGAAAAGUCCCAUUGCCCUCUCCACUACCCAUCCACAACCAACGACCUCAUCCCUAAGGCCCUACAGAUACCAUGCCCCGGCGGACUGGACAUGAGCCUCCCUCUUCCUUAAAUCUUGCCCUCCAUCCAUCUCACCACCUCUUUAUUAUGCCCCUCCAAAACAGUCGGACAGGGACAAGCACUGGGCUCUGAUAAGGGCUGAUUUCACAGGACAGAAUGAGAAGUGCCACCUCAGCUGAUGAACUGUUGCCCUCCAGCACCACAGAGCACCUCUUUUACUCACCCUCAGCACACAAGCAACAGGGCAUAAGGGAAGGAGAGUGAAGGGAGAGCCCAGAAAAAUAUCAAACAUACAAUUCAAACAUUAGACCUUCCUGGAUCAGUUUUCAUAUCUCAUCUCUGGCCCCAAGACCUGAACUAACUCCAGUGCACUGCCACCCAAUCAGAGGAUACCUGCUGGAUUUGAGCCACCAGUUGAAAAAAACAUUUCCAGUGACAAAUGAACUGUGUUGGAUUUCAUUAUUCCCGCUUAUGUUGUUUGUCCUUUGGGUUUGUUUGUCCCCAUAUAUUUAUAAGAAGAGAAGACUUAAAAAAAAAAUCUGGAUUAACUAACAUUUAGAUUUCAACUCCUCUCAGUCCAACCCACAACCAAAGACAACGUACUGGGUUGACCGGCCACACCGGGGCUUGGGGCCCCUGCAGAAAAGUGACCAGUCAACUGUAUGGAAGUAAAGUCACAGUGACAAUAUCAGGAUGGUUUAUUGGACUCUAUCUGGGAUAUUGAUGAGGACUAUAGCAAUAACAAACAUUGUAUAUGAACUGGUGUGAAUCUGAAGCAGGCACUUUGCUGUUUUCUCUGCCUUAUGAUGCUUGGAGCAAAACAUCAUCGGUGCAUCAUAGGGACAAUUUGGAGUUAUUGGGUUUGGCAUUAAUCUAUGCUUCUUUCAGUGACUUCAACACUCCUGUUCAUCUUAAUGUCUUUAAAAGAUUCUUCUGUCCACAUGUUUGUCCACAAAGUCCAAUGUGAUCAGAGGGUAGGGGUGGGGUAGAGUGAAGUGGUAUUCGGGGGUGUUAUUAGCCACAUCGAUUUACAAUUAUGGAAACAUUUGAUUUCGGCUGUAGUUUUAAUAGAGAAACCAGACAUUCUGGUUCCACCUUUUCACUCCUGAGAGUAAGUUAUUUCUGGCUGUUGACCUGUUGGAGUGACUUGAUAGUGAGGCAGUGAUACAUCUCUGAAGUGAAUCGUCUUUUUUUUUUAUCACAACUGUUUCUUCUUCUUUGGUCUUUGCUCUGUCGCCAUGCUGAGUGUCUGUCAGUCCCCCUCUGUAGCGCUGUGCUUUCUCCUCCUUCUGUCCUCUCUUCAGCAUGACAGCAUCAUCCUGACUGAACACAGACUCACUACUGGCUAACACCACACCUCAUAUUAUGCAUGAGUACAGGUAAAUCAGUGCCAAACAUGCUGGUGCUUUUAAUUUGUACUGUAAUGCAGCACUGGAACAGCCACUCCUUCAAUCGCCCCGGUCUCUGGAUAUUGUAUGAAACAGCAGCAGACUUCUCUAGGAUUUGGUAUCACGUGUAGUAGGAAUUAUUUGAAAAGCACAACCAGUGUCGAUGAGGGCUGGACCUGCAAUCAGUGUGUUCGCAUUUUCCGCUCUCAAUAUUUUAAUGAGUUGCAUCAAAGUGCAUAAGAGGAAACUAAAAAUGACCACGGGCAAUGUGUUAAAUGAUAGUGCUCUUUUAAUAAGUAUAUGGAUUUCAGGUCUACAAUAGUACCUUACUGUUAGGGCAGAAGAGAUGCCAUAGCCAGAACUGAAAGGAAAUAUUUCUCAACAAUCAGACAUUCAGAACAGGGUUAGAAAAGCACAUCUGGUUUUGUACGAAGGAAGUAGACAUCUGCAUGUUUUACCUGUAAAUGUCCCGCCCCUUCCCCUCACCAAAGUCUAUGUUAAGAGAUAUUGUUUUAUUGUUGCACAAAAUCUGAAUGAAUCAGAUGUUAAUUUUAUUAAGAUUAUGACAGAUUCUACUUGUCAGUGAUAUAAAGAGGUGGACAUAAAUGGUGUCGAAGAGAAAAGACUUGGACAGUUGUACAAUAGGAUUUAUUUAAUACUGCCACAUGAAUUCUUCUUCAGAGACAUUGGUGAUAAUAUUAAAAAGUCAAAUUUGACAGCUUUCAUAGUCUUUUCUUAUCUAUCCUCUACAUUGAGAAUACAGCAACCAGUCUUAAAAGACUCAUUGUGAGUCGAGCGCGUUGUCUUAAAUUGGUGUUACAUGUUUUAAGGCGUGGGAGGACUGGUAGGCAUCUUACCCUGUCCAUCAUAGUGUUGUGUUCCCUUUAUGCACUGACACCAGCUGUUGUAAUCUGCCACUUUAAGGACUCUUUAAAUAAGGUUAAUCCCACUCCCUGCAUGGUUGGUUCUCCAAGAGUUGCUCACCCAUGCCUGGUCAGUCUUUACCCAGCCACACCAUCUCAUAGGACUGAAUAGCGUUUCCGAGUCACCUAUAGAGGACAAGUUAGUGCGUCUUAGCUCACUCUCUGUGUGCUAAAGACAUGAUCCCAUGCAUGCCCUGCAGACCCACUGACAAAUAAAGACCCCAAACAUUUCCAGCAUCCGACUUCUGUACGCUAACAUUAGCACGUGUUGCUCCAUAGUGUUUCCUCCCCCCCAGAAAGUCCCAUCUUGACCUUGUGGUAAUCUCUGAGCCCGAUGUGAAAAGUGUGACGUCCCUCUGUAGCUCCAAACACACCAUAUUUUCUGUACUCCAGUGAAAUGUAUGAGGUUUUUUGUAAUACUCAAAAAUGAAUUAACUCUUUUAUCAGUCUUUUCCUGUAUGUACGGAGGGGCACUGUAAGGUUUUGUGGGGGUUUUUAACAUUCACAUUCAUUGUUUUAACAAUGUUCCAUUUUAUAUGAACCAGUAUUGUUUUGUUUUUUUAGUUCUGACAUUGUAACAACCACUUCAGGUGCUACAAAAUGACCAGUUACUGCUUCUUCAUGUAGGAUCUAGACAUCUUCAUUGUUAUCAAUAGAUUCAACUACCAGAUGUGCAAAAUGAAGCUUAUUUUAACAGACAGUUUAGUAGGAGAUCACUUCGGCUACCAGACAAUAGAGCAUGUAACCUGAUUUUAUCAGUUCUGUUCAACUGUAACAAUGCAUUAAAGGUGUUGUAGAAAAAAUGUGGAAUUGAUCAAAAAAAUAACUGAAUUCCACAGUUAAUUUAUUCUUUUUUCUAUUAAAAAUUUGUAUAGUAACUUUACAUUUUUCAAAACUGUGUUGUUGGAAAUUGAUGAUGACUUUUCAAGAUGAGAAGCAGUGGUGGUUCUUGAGAGUAAGAAAAAUAAAUUAUUGAUGAAUGUUCUCAA